AAGUGAGAAGUAACGACAACGACUUAACGAGCGUGUUGGUGUUUUAUCACAAGCUUUGCGUGGUGUAGUGCGGUGGGGUACGUCACAACUCAUAACUCAAUUAGGCAAACAAGCACCACUACGGAUGAUCCACGAUCGGAGCUGUAUCAUCUCCCCACGCUUCAACUCCAACCUGCCAAAUCAUAAAAAAGCCAAUAUCAGAAGCAGCUUCAAAUUCUGAAUAAGUUGCUCCAACUUCAUCUUCAGAUUCCAAGUCCUUCUCCGAGCUCCACACCGCACUGCAGUUUAUACCUCACUCAGGCUAGAAGUUGUGCCAUGGCGGAAAGAAACCUUUUAAGCUUGAGAAUCAUCAAUGGGGAACAAGCUACUUUGUCAUCGUUGGAUUCAGUGGAAUCUGGCAGUAGUUGCUUGGCUUGUAAAUUUUUUGCUCCAAGCGAAUUGCAGAAUAUUACAGUUCAUGCUGUUACGCAAUGCACCCCUUCUCCUUUAAUCUCCUGCACAGCAAGUAUGCCUCAAGGUGCUACUGUCUCACAAAUUACAGCCGCCAAUUCAGAACAGCUGUGUGAUCAAUCAUCAUCAUCAUCUAGAGUACUGCGAGAUUCAGCUCGGUUAAUGGAAGAUUUCCUGCAGCUUGCUAAAGAAAAUACAGACAAGGAUCUUGAAACAUGUGGAACUCUUGGCGCCUUUCUUAAAAAUGAAACAUUCUACGUGACGACGCUGAUCAUACCCAAGCAGGAAUCCACUUCCAGCUCUUGUCAGGCAAUAAAUGACGAGGAAGUCUUUGCAAUACAAAAUGAACAAUCACUUUUUCCAGCAGGAUGGAUCCAUACGCAUCCUUCUCAGAGUUGUUUCAUGUCAUCAGUGGAUUUACACACACAUUAUUCAUUUCAGGUUAUGGUACCUGAGGCUUUUGCCAUUGUCAUGGCCCCAACUGAUACUUCAAGAAGCUAUGGAAUAUUCCGGCUAUCUGAGCCUGGUGGGAUGAAUGUCCUGAAAGAGUGCCAAGAGGAAGGGUUCCACACUCACAAAGAAACAACAGAUGGGAGUCCUAUCUACGAGCACUGCUCCAAUGUCUACACAAACUCAAAUCUGAGAAAAUUUUACCAAGGCCUCAGCUGUCAUACUGGUCCACUUCUGCAUUAUUAUUGA